AUGGGACGCGGCCUGGCGUUGGUGGCUUUUGUUUUCCUUGGCCUUUUGCUGGAUAACAGUGGCUCUGGAAGCCGCGUGGCAUCGGAAUCGCCGGAGGAGGCGACAGAGGGCGCGCGCUUUUUUUGCGGAGGUUCAAGAACAGGAGUGCUGGAAAGAAGGAAGAGGAAGAUCGAGGAGAACAAGCAGAAGCCCAAGAAAGGAGACGACAAAGAGAGUCAAGAGAACGUGCUCUGCCUCACGCCCUUCUCCAGUCGGAAGAAAGGGGGCAAAGAGCUCGCGGGUGUGCCGUGGGUGCAGACCACGCCGUCGACCAGAAUCGCUGUGGAAACAGUCGAGGCACAGGGGGAGGACCUACCUUUGCCCCCAGCGCCAGAAUUGCCACAGCCACCAGAUCCACCGGAGAUCCCAGCCGAGGUUCGUGCCAAGGUGGAAGAAGUGAAGAAGACCUUGGGUCCUGCAUACAAUCAGGAGAUCGAGGCGAAGAUCUUGGAGUCGGCAGCAAGUCAGUUGGCUCAGCCAGCCAAAGCAGAAAUUACUCAUGGAGACUUGAACAAGAUCUCACAGGCAAAGAAGCAAUACCUCAAAGCCAAAGAGGAUGUUGCCAAAAUAGACAAGGAUUGGUUGCAUUUUGCAAAGACGAUCCAAGCAGCAUAUGUGCGAGAGCAGGCUGCAUACAAGGAGCAAAGGGCCGAAGCUAUCAAGGAGCUGCAGUUGAAGAAGGACAAGUUGAGGGAACUGCAGGAUGCAGUACGACGCUCAGCGCUGUCUCAGUUUGGCGACCAGGAAGAAGUGCCGCUAGCUGUAGCAGAAGAUUUGUACCCUUUGCCGCAGGACGAGCUGGAGGACAUGGUCUCGGACGAAGAGCUCUUGGCCGAGACAGAGGUCAAGGUGUCCGGAAGUUUCAUCCAUGCUCCGCAGCCAUUUGGGAGAUUGGCACCUUCUCCUACGAGAAAGGCGGAGAAGCAAGAGGGUCGCCAAUCCAAGAAGCCGAAGAAUCAAAAUGCUGUUGCCAGUGGAGAGCCAGGGGCCUAG